AUGAUACUGAAGAUCUACAUUGGGAGAUGUGUUACGAACGCGGCCGCGUGGUCUCGGCCAACACUCGGGUGCACCGACUCCGUCGAAAACAAGCGAAACACCGGCGUGGUCGGAGAUUUGGGGAGGGAGACGGCGUUUCGGCCGAACCCGCCACCGGGUGGUCGAAACGCGCGGCGCCAGAUUCCUGCCUUCAAGUUGGAAGCCUUCUUCCAGCGGGUGGAAAUCUCCCCUUCUUCAGUCUUGCCUGGGAGGAGUCCCAACGAAGUGGAGGUGCAGGUGAUCCUGGGCAGCACCGAGCUCCACGGCAGAACCUCCACCUUAGCGAUCAAACUUCCUGGCGGCUUCGGCGUUGAUCAAUCUCUCUUGGGAGAGAACUUGUGGUGGUGCCAAUUGGGUGUCGAGACCUACAAUGUGGGGAAGGUGCAAAGCCAUGGCUUCGUUCCACGGGGUUUGCCCAGUUCCUCCCGUUGCCGCUUGCAGCAAGAUCUUGUGCUGAUUGACCUGACCGAGACCUUGCACCUGGACGUCUCCUACCACUUCCAACUCCGGCUCUCCAAUCCUUUGGGUAUCGCUGUGGACAACACGUGGACCUUUUCCACUGAGAGGGAUUCCUCGACUUUGCAUUUGGCUCGGUCCAUCUCGAACUUCGACCUGUACUCCUUGUCGAAUGUGGGCCUCUUCUCCAGCGAUGUGCGUCAAAAUCUCACGCAGCUCAUCUUGGUGCAGAUGACUCCGCCGGUUCACGUGAUGGGCUUCGCCCAGCUCCGCCUGCGGGGUCCUCCCGAGUUCCAACUGAGCUGCAGCGAACGCGGCAGCACUGCGCCCCGUGGAUCCUUGCCCUUGGAGACGGAGUGCUCGUUGAUCGGUUCGGCCUUACAGAUGAAGCUGCCGGAGCCCUUGCUGUUCGCGCCCUAUCAACCUCAACUGCUGGCAGGAGAGGCCUAUGUCUUUGGCCUCUAUUGCAUCAACCCCCCGAGCUCUGGCACUGGACGUACCUUUGAGCUCGAGAUCUAUGGUCUUGUGGCCACCGCAUCCCAGCGGCUUUUGGGCAUUGAGCCCAGCUUAGUGGCGCCGCAACUGGCACAGCCCUUGGCGUACCUGGAAGUGAGCGCACCGGCGGAGGUGAUCCCAGCCUCUGCAACGCUGGUGACGGUGCGGUUCCAAGCGCCCAGAGGAGCGGACGGUACGGUGCGCGCGGUGCUCCUCGAAGUGGCGCCCGGGUUCCGCCUCUCCGACGGAGGCAACUGCAUCUCCUUUAGCUCUGCAGUGCUGCAGCCGGGCGACACAGUGCUGCCACCCUCCACCUGCGCGCCACUGGACACCUCCCGAGUUGUGGUGGCCAUGCCCUCUGCGCUGCCGUUGAUGGCAGAGGAGCUAGGCCGGAUCUAUGUCUUUCAAAUCGGCGUCAUUGUGCCCGAGCAGGUCUUAGUGGAUCUCAUCUUAGUGGCCUUGCUGCCCAGCCCCAACAGCGCGCCCCUCUAUGCGGCCAGCGCGGGCUUGGGCACUCAGCAAGGGUCCCUGGCCACAGUGCUGCCAGUGGCACCGCUGCCACAGGAGCAAAUCGUACCAGAGCCCACGGACAGCCCUUUGCCUCCUUUGUCCUUGGUGAAUGUGGUGGUCUCAUAUGCAGUGGACACCUCUUCUCACCUGCUUCUCAUCCUUUUACUGCAACUCACUUGA